UGAUUUGCUACAGUUUGGUUUGACGCGUUGUUGUUUUGUUGCGUCACGUCCUACUGCUCGCACUUCGCACUGAAAGCAGAGCUGCUGUGUUUGUGUGGAGCUGUCUUCAGUAUUCUCUCAUCAUUGCUGAUAUUCUGCUGUCAGGCAGAUCAAGCGCUAAAAUGUUUUCCUUCAACAUGUUUGAGCCCCAUGUGGGCCGGGUUUUCCAGAACCGUUUCUCCACUCAGUACCGGUGUUAUUCUGUAUCCAUGCUGGCGGGACCCAAUGACCGUUCAGAUGUGGAGAAAGGAGGAAAGAUAAUUAUGCCCCCGUCUGCUUUGGACCAGCUAAGCAGACUUAACAUCACAUACCCCAUGCUGUUCAAACUCACUAACAAGAAUUCAGACAGAAUGACACACUGCGGUGUUCUGGAGUUUGUGGCAGAUGAAGGCAUCUGUUACCUUCCUCACUGGAUGAUGCAGAACUUGUUGUUGGAGGAGGGUGGUUUGGUCCAGGUGGAGAGUGUGAAUCUCAUGGUGGCCACAUACUCCAAAUUCCAGCCGCAGAGUCCAGAUUUCCUGGAUAUCACAAAUCCUAAAGCUGUACUAGAGAACGCUUUGAGGAAUUUCGCCUGUUUGACCACAGGAGACGUGAUCGCUAUCAAUUAUAAUGAAAAGAUUUAUGAGUUACGUGUCAUGGAAACCAAACCAGACAAGGCAGUGUCCAUCAUUGAGUGUGACAUGAAUGUGGACUUUGAUGCUCCUCUUGGAUACAAAGAACCAGAGAGAUACAUGCAGCGUCCUGAAGAACCAACAGAAGAGGAUACGGAUCCAAGUAACUAUGAGAUGGACAUGGGUUUCAGAGCCUUUACCGGAUCUGGGAAUCGUCUAGAUGGGAAGAAGAAAGGCAUUGAGCCGAGUCCAGCACCCCUCGAUCCCAGUGACAUCAAACGAGGAAUUCCUAACUAUGAUUUUAAAAUCGGGAGGAUCACCUUCAUCCGUAACUCCAGACAACAGCCCCGAAAAACUGAACCAGAUGAUGCAGCCAGUAACUUCAUUGCUUUUUCUGGGGAAGGACAGUCCCUUCGCAAGAAAGACCGAAAACCCUGAUUACACACA